CGACGUCACGGAGGGGCGGAGGCGGCGGGGAGCAUUGAGAAGCAUUAUAAUUGUGUUCCAGGAGCAGGCGCCAGUCAUCCAGCCCCCCCCUUUCUCUCCCACACAGUGGAAGAGGCGAAGCGUGGGAAAGGGAUGGCUAGGUCUUAACCACAGGGACAGCCGGAGGAGGGAGCACUGUGUCACCAGCAAGUCAGGAAUACACAGCUACUUGGCUCUAGGGAUCCACAGUCCCCGAAUAGCCGGCCACUCACUGGGAGGACAACCAUGAAGAGGACUCACGAAUACAGCUCUUCUGACAGCGAACUGGAUGAGAAUAUUGAGGUGGAGAAAGAGAGCGCAGAUGAGAAUGGCAACCUGAGUUCAGCUCCUGGCUCAAUGUCUCCAUCCACUUCUUCUCAAAUCUUGGCAAGAAAGAGGCGCAGAGGGAUUAUUGAGAAGCGACGUCGGGACAGAAUUAAUAAUAGCUUGUCUGAGCUAAGGAGACUGGUUCCAAGUGCUUUUGAAAAACAGGGAUCAGCAAAAUUAGAAAAAGCAGAGAUAUUGCAGAUGACUGUCGAUCACCUGAAGAUGCUGCACACAGCAGGAGGGAAAGGUUAUUUUGAUGCCCAUGCUCUUGCAAUGGACUAUCGGAGCUUGGGUUUCAGAGAAUGUCUAGCUGAGGUUGCCCGGUAUCUAAGCAUCAUUGAAGGUCUGGACACAGCUGAUCCUCUGCGAGUUCGACUUGUUUCACAUCUCAACAACUACGCCUCGCAGAGAGAAGCUGCAAACUCUGCGCAUACAGCCAUCGGACACAUUCCCUGGGGUGGUGCAUUUGGUCACCAUCCUCAUCUGUCUCACCCAUUGCUGCUGGCACAGACUUCCCAUAGCAGUACAAACAGUACUCCCUCUUCUUCAGAACCUCAUCACCAGAGCAGACUUCCUGGCUCACCGCACGCUGAAUCUUCCACGCUCCGGGUUCCCCCUAAUGGGAAUAUUGCGUCAGUGCUUCCAGUAGUUACUUCCUCAAAACUGUCGCCCCCACUGCUGUCUUCAAUUUCAUCACUUUCAGCGUUUCCCUUUUCUUUUGGAUCAUUUCAUUUAUUGUCACCUAAUGCAUUGAGCCCAUCAGCACCUACACCAUCGGGCAAGCCUUACAGACCCUGGGGCACAGAGAUUGGGGCAUUUUAGGACACCAGUGAUGAGAACUGUUUAGUUGCUACGGUGUUUACAAAUCCAGCUGUGCUGGAUUUUAAUCUCUGACGUUUAUCAUGUACUUGCCAACCUGUGUGAUACAAUGGUACAAUUACAUGUGACUUUGAUUUUUUUUUUCAAUAUAUAUUUAACAUUUAAAAAAAUAAAAAAAUUAGCAACAAAGAAAAAUAUGGUACACCGUACAUUGCAUUAGUGGUGUAACUGAAAUUCAAAUAGGUCUUUACUGAUUAUUUAACUUGCUUUGUAAAAAUUGUAAUAUCACUUUAUCUCACAACAUUGGAGUUUUUUAACAAAUAGUUUUGUUUUGUGUUUUUUCUGUGUCUAUUUUCUUCUUUCGUAAACAUUCUCUUAUUUUUAAUUUGCUAAAUGAUAAUUUCUGCAAGAAUUUUCAUACUUUCUGUUUUGCUAAUAUUUUAAGAGUUAAAAUGUUCUAUAAGAAAUAUCUUUAUAUAAACCUAUUUUUGUGUGCAGUUUUUUAUAUUUCAAAGCGUUGACAAAUCAGAUUAUUCAGCUUUAUCCAAGAAAAGAGAAUGGUUUUCAUUGUAAUGAUUACAUAUGCUGAGUGCAGUCAAAGUUGAAUGAUAGGUGUGUACAAGAUACAUCUAUAUUGCACAUUAAUCUGAAAUAUAAAACAUUUCAACAAAAUCCCUAUUGUCUAAUGUAUUUUCUUACCUGGGGCUCUAGAACAUUUAUUUAACAAUUAGAUUUAUUUAAUAUAACACCCAUCUACAUGGGUGUAUAUAAUUCUCUGUACAUGAAUUCGUUAUGAAAUAAAAGGUGGUUUCUACUGUACUGGAAUAA